AUUACAUAUAAAAAGGAGUAGCUUCAAGCUUUAGUUUCCUUCAAGUCCUGAAUUUAGUCUUCAAUUCCACUCCAAAGCCCACAUUUUCCGAUCCAGUCGUAAAAGGAGCUAAGCUAGCUCCCGGCUGCCCGGCUGCCUUCAAUAUAAUUAACUUCAGGAUGAAUUUUCUAAAUGCUCAACUUUUGGCAAUCAUCUUUGGUAGCCUCGGUAAUGUGGUGUCAUUCAUGGUUUUCCUAGUACCACUGUCAACGUUCCAUAAAAUCUACAAAAGAAAAUCAUCAGAGGGAUACCAAUUCGUACCAUAUGUGGUCGCACUUUUCAGUGCACAAUUGCUGCUAUAUUAUGGUUUGAUCAAGACAAACGCAGCUCUAAUCAUCUCCAUCAAUGCAAUUGGCUGUGUGAUUGAGAUCGCCUAUAUUUUUGUUUUUUGGUUUUAUGCAACCAAGAAGGAAAAGAUGAAUUUAUUAGCUUUUGUCGCACUCCUGAAUAUAAUAGCUUUUGGAUUGGUGGUUGUUUCAACGAUGUUUGCUUCAAGAGGGGCAAAAAGAGUCCUUCUUGUGGGGUGGAUGUGUGCUGUGGUCAAUGUUCUUGUCUUUGCUGCUCCUUUGAGUAUCAUGAGAAAAGUGAUAAAGACAAAGAGUGUAGAGUUCAUGCCACUUGAUCUAUCCCUAUGUCUCAUCCUCUGUGCAACCACUUGGUUUUUCUAUGGACUUUGCGUAAAUGAUAAGUUUAUUGCGGUGCCAAAUGUAGUGGGAUUUGCAUUUGGAAUCGCUCAGAUCGGCCUAUACUUGAAAUACAAGGAAUCCAAAAAAGAAAGCGGCAAUGAAAGAAAAGGUCCCAAAGGAGAAAAGAAUGAAGGGUUACAAAUGUGUGAUCAAGUUGCGUCUCAUGAUAACUCCCACAACAAUUGAUCCAUCUAUCAUAUUAUACACAAUUCUACAACGUUUUCUUAUAUAUCCUGCAGUACAUGUACGUAUGAGUGAAAUACACGGCACCAUCGUACUCUAAUUUGUAUUUUGUUCAUCAAGUAUUUUUAUUUUAUUUUAUAAUAAUCUAAAUGUGAUAGAUACUCCGACUAGCUAAUCUAUAAUGUCAUGUAUGUAUAUGUAUAUACAACCUAUUCAUCUACAUAUUUGUUGGGAAAAGUUGUUUGCACCA